ACAUUGUAUGCACAUCAUUUGAUUUUACGUACCAGAUGCCAAAGUUUUCAAAAUGUAUCAUCAUCGGAUAUUUGUUGUCGACAAAUGUUUGGAACCACCAUAACACAUGAUGGUCAAACUUGGAUAAUACGAUGGCCACAAAUCAAACCACAUGCAUUACGAAAAGUAUUGAAUUAUGUUUAUACAUCAAAAAUUGAAAUCAAUGAUGAUGAUGAUGAUGACGAUAUAUUUGACAUGUUAACCAUUGCAUAUGAACUUGGCCUUGUUGAAUUGAUUGACAUUGGUGAAAAACGAAUUGCUACUACUAUUGAUGUACAAAAUGUUUGCCGAUAUUUGGAUAAAGCUAUUGAAAUUUGUAGAAAAAUUCAGGAGAAUGGUCCAAAUCGAAUCAUUGAUCUUUGUAUGCAAUUCAUCAAUCAAACUGCCAACGAAUGUGUAAAAACAGAAUCAUUUCGUAAUAUUUCAAAAGAAACAAUGAUUCAUCUGUUAAGAUCCGAUCAAUUUUCAUUGGAUGAAGCGGAUGUAUUUCGUUGUACGAUUGAAUGGGCUAAACAUCAAACUGGAAUACAUAAAUUAGUUGAACAUUGGAAUGAAGAUGAUCGCAAACGUAUACAGAAUCAAUUAUCAGGCGUCAUUAAUCAUAUACGAAUAUUGUUGAUUGAUAGUCAAGUGUUUGCUGAAGAAGUUGAACCAACUGGUGUCAUACCGAUUGAACUUUCAUUGGAACGAUAUCGAUUUGCUGCUCUUGCCAUUAAUAACAACAAUAAUAAUUCAAGCCAUAAAUCUCAAAAUCAUCAUCAACAACAAAUUCAUGAUUCAAUUGGUAACAAACGAUUAAAACCACGAUCAACGGGGAAUGUUUAUCGAUUAUUUCUUGAAUCAAAAUUAUUAUCAAAUAUGAAUGUUAAAUAUGAGCAAACAUUAAACGAUUGGUAUGGCAACAUCCAUGGAACGAAUAAUAAACAACGUUGGCGAUUGAUAUUUCGUGCAAGCGAACAUAAAUUCUCUGCCGAAGCAUUUCAUAAUUAUUGUGAUGGAAUGGCACCCACGUUUGUUCUUGUAUUGAGCACAAAAGGUUAUCUUAGCGGUGGUUUUUGCGAUAUACCAUGGACCAGUGGUAAUCGUGGCCGUGGCUGUUAUGCAUCAUCAGAAAAAUCAUUUCUUUUUCGAUUGAAAACACCAUGCGAUGAACAACCACCUAUUAAAUAUGAAGUGAAAAAGAAAAUCUUUGCCAUCGGACAUAUGGCCAGUAAAGGACCAGUUUUUGGUGCCGGUGCCGAUCUUCUUCUUGCCGAUAGUUGUCAUUUAAAUGAAGAUAGCUAUUCAAAUCUUCCACAUUCAUAUGAUGGACCCGAUGCUUCGGUCGAUACAUUAUUUGGAUCAUAUUAUUUUACUGCCGUCGAUUAUGAAGUGUUCACAAUAUUGGCUGACAAUUAAGAUUCGAAUUUUCUCACAAACCAUCGAUAGAAUCGAUUACGAUGUACAUUACAUUAAAUCAUCAUUCAUGCAUUUUAUGUGACACAUUGCAAGAAUUUUUUUGUUUGUUCCAUUUAAUUAUUUUUUUUUCAUUCAUUUUUACAUUGUAAAUCAAAUUUUAUUAAAUUGUGAUAAUUAUCACCUAAAUUUGGAA